CUUUGGAUACUACUAAAUCUUCUUGCACUCUUUUAAAAACGCAUUUCAAAAAAACAAAAAAAGAUAAAUGAGAAUGCAGAAGCUUGAGAUCUUACUGUUUCACACUCUCAUUGAUUCAUCAUCUUUAUCACCACAAAGACUCAGAGUGAUGAACAGAAUCAUAUCAUCACAAGGAACAGAAUUGAUCCAGCACAAACUCUCUCAACACACUUCCUUCUUUGGCAUCAAGCUAUGGAUCCUCAUUACAGCUUCUGCCUCCAUAGCCUUCCUCUUAGUUCUCAUCAUUUCUGUCCUCCUCUGUUUCAUCUUUCACAGGAGAAGGUGUAGACAAGAACCAUUCAGACUAAGAUCAAAGCUUUGUCUGCCUUUAUCACACAUUCCCAUAAAUAACAAACGAAAGAUUCCAUACAACCGUUGCGGCGAUGAUGUAGAGAGCCAGAGAAUCUCUCAGGUUGGUUGGUCCUCUGCUCAUCUUUCCUACUACACACGCAGCUUCUCCUCUACCGGCAGCUUUGGAAGCUUCAAUGUGUUUACGUUCUUGGAGAUCAAGAACGUGACAGAUGGUUUUGCAGAUUGUAAUUUGAUUACUAAAGGAGAUUCUUCAACGGUGUAUCGCGGAAUCUUGAUGGGUACAGUCACUGUUGUUGUCAAACGGUUCUUCCCCAUCCAUCAAAGGUAUGAAGAUAAAGAUUUCAUAACAAAAGCUGAGAUGAUUGCAAAUGUUAGACACAAGAAUGUUGUGAGACUUCUUGGAUACUGCAUUGAAGGAGAUGAGAGGGUUCUUGUUUAUGAAUACGCUGAGAAAGGCGAUUUGCACGAAUGGCUUCAUGGAUCUUCCGGGAGAAAUCGGCCUCUGACCUGGAGGAAGAGGAUGAAGAUCAUUCAAGGAGUAGCAAAAGGCCUCGCGUAUUUUCACGAGGACAUAGAACCAAAGAUCACUCAUCAAGACAUAAGACCAAGCAAGAUUCUUCUUGAUUAUCAAUGGAACCCUAAGAUACUUGAUGUUGGAUUCAUUGGUCACAGUGAUAUUCCAACUUCGAUUCCUUCACCUAGUAAUCUGGAUGAGAAAAUCGACGUUUAUUCCUUCGGGACUUUGAUAAUGGAGCUUGUCUCUGGAAGAGUCUCUGUAGACCAAAGUUCACCACAUGUGUUGGCGGAAGAGACGGCGGCUCAAGAUCGAUCAUCUCUGAGAGUGUUAGUGACAUCGGAACUGCAAAACGAGUUCUCCGAACAAGUGAAGGAGGUGUUGGCGGAAGAGACGGCGGCUCAAGAUCGAUCAUCUCUGAGAGUGUUAGUGACAUCGGAACUGCAAAACGAGUUCUCCGAACAAGUGAAGGAGGUUUAUCUAGUGGACUGGAUCAAAGAGAUGGUGGCAAAUCAUAUGAUAGUAGAUGUUCUUGAUCCUAGCCUUCCCGAAUUUCCUACAAUAAAGGAACUCAAACGGAUUGUGUUGAUUGCCUUGCGCUGUGUCGAUCUCGAGGUAGAAGAGAGACCUAAAAUGGGAGAUGUGAUUCACAUGCUCCAACCACAUGACUUGCUGUUGAGUAACAAUGCAAUACAGAAGCCUCAGAAGGUUACCCGGUCACACGAGGUUUCUGCACAGUCUCAGUUGUAUUGAUAAUUUUGCAUCCCUUAUUCGAGUUUAUGUAGGAUUUUGCUUAUUGUAAUUGCAAGAGCCAACUUUGUGACGUAUUUUACAAGCAUAUUAAGUCAAGGCUCUGAAACGCAGCUUGUUAUAUGACUUCUCUAUAUACCACAUGUGUUGCUAUUGAAGAAGGUUGAUGCGGGAUGGUAAUCAAGAAGAUAAAUUUCU